UUAUUAUUAUUAUUAUAUAGCGUAUGAAAUUAUAAUGGUCCGUGAUUCUAUGUGCGAUUAUCUUACACCCUAAACACAUUAAAUACUUUACAUGUUCCAAUUUUUUAAAAAAGAACCAUUUUUAAGGAACUUGGUGUUCUUUAACAACUUAUUAAAACAUUGUUAUAAAAGCGGAAUGUAUUGUUCUAUUGUUACUCACAAGACAAGAACGUGUCGUUCCCAUAGGGAAUUUGAUGGAAUUUAUGUGACGGUAUAUAUCGUUCCACUCUAUUUGUUCCGUUGAAUUCUUUUAUAUAUCAUAACGAUAAUAUAUGCGAAAUGAUUAUCUUGAGGAAUAGUUAUUUAAUUAUGAAUACUCUGCAGUCUAAUUUAUAUUGUGCCACUUGAAAUAAUUCCGUUUUCGCUGCUACCUUAACUCUGCUAUGGAGAGCGUCCUUCAUUAUAAAAAGGAAUUGUUUUAAUGAGAAGUUUCUCAACUAAUACUUUGUAUACGAAGUAAAGUAUAAGAGAACUUUAAAGAAAUCGGAAUGACAAAACGAGUCUUGCAAAAGCCUGCGUGGAAAGAGGCAUUGGGAGCCUCAAUGAGAUCGAAAAGGCUUAAGUUAAUGCCUGAUAAAGAUAACCGCUUUUGUUGUCCUGUGGCUGAUUGUGACAGCGAGUCGUAUGGAAGUAAAAGAGGGUGUAGAAAACAUGUCUAUAACCGUCAUGGAUGGUUUUAUUAUUUCGAUAAAAGACCGAAUAUCGACGAAGUACUUCCCCACUUCAGUACGAGAAAUCGCAUAAAAGAUCCCCAAAGAAAGCGCGCCUCCACAUUUUCAAUGCCGUCUUUUGCUAAAACAUGUAAUUUGGCAGUUGCAUUUAGGACAUGGUUAAAAAGUCCAGGUGGUGGUGGUAAAGAUCAUUCUCAGGCCGAUCAAAUAACUUGUAAAGUUUUAAAGUAUGCCAAAUAUUGCUGCGAGGAUUCUCCUUCGGUAUGGGAAGUACCAUUCCCUGUUAUCGACUACUGUGUUGGCUCUAUUAAUAUGCUUUCUGAUUUCGUAGAUUUUUUGAGAGACCAAUGGAAGGUUGGCUUCUCAGGAAUAAUUGGCUACAUGAAUGCUAUUGGGCACAUGCUUGAUUACAGACGAAGCACAGGUACGACUGAAAAAAAUUUGUCGGUAUUUGUUGCUGCAGAGAUUUAUUUGCACCGUGUUAAGAAAUUCCUCCUUCGUAAAAUGAAAGCUGAAUGGAAGUGUAUCUUAAGUGUUGAAUAUCUAAACAGUAUAGACUGUUGGGCGACACUAUAUGAUUUACAAAAGGUGAUACCAUACCAUAGUGAAAAAUAUAAACAAAUUGUGUUAAAUGCUAAAAACGCAAGUGCAUGUGUCGCAGCACACGAUUUAUCAUUUUCGACUUCCUUCAUAGUAGCUGUAUUAUUUUUAAUGGUGAAGGCUUCAAGACCCAUGACGUAUCAAACUCUUACAGUAACAAUGAUUAAAGGCGUGAAAGAGGAUGGUUUUAUAGAUCAGAAUGUCUUUAAAACUGCGGAGAAAUACGGAUUUGACUCUCUUUAUUUUUCCAUAGAUGUACUCACACUAAUAAACGAAUACAUUGACAAUGUACGACGAAGAUUGAACCCCACCAACGAUUAUCUACUAGUGUGUCGAAAUGGUAAGCAGUUGACGCGUAUUUCGGACGUAUUCGGUAGAAUUGUUUAUCAAGCAAUUGGUAAGUAUAUAAAGGAUUUAUAUACACGAUAUAGGCAAAUCAUCGAAACCGAAAGUGUUGCACACUUAGAAACAAAAGAACAAGCAAUUCUUUCUCAAGAUCAAAAACACACGUCGCAGGUAGCUAAAGUUCAUUACCAGAAGACUGAAUCGCGCAAUAUAGCUGCAAAAGCCAGGUUAUGUAUGGAUAAAUUACGAGAUCAAACAACGUGUACUUUAACUGUAAGCGAAAUCAAUAGUAACACCAAAAAUGUAAAAACGUCUGGAAGUACUUUGGAAGACGAAACACCUGUUCAAACGAGACAGAAAAAAGUUAGUUUUAGUGCCAUGGAGGACAAGUUUUUACAAGCUGGGCUACAAAAAUAUGGCAAUGCAAAAUGGACUUCCAUUCUCGCAGAUCCUAACUACUCCUUUCAUUGUAGCCGUAAAGCUAGUACAUUGGCGGUUAGAGCGAAGACAAAAAAAUUUAUAUAAGUUUAAAUUGUAUUUAUAAUAAAAAUAACUUUGUAAAUUUACAAAGAUUUUUGAAAACCAGAAUAUUCAAAUAGUCUUUUAACUUUGUUACAGUCAAAACCGGCGUACACAUAAAGGCUUUUUUUCCUCUUACGAUUUGGCCAAUAAUCUGGUGUAUUAAGUACCCUCGUGUGUGAAGGCGGUUCGCAAAAACUUGGUUCUCCCUUCAAAGCCGCUAUCGGUAUAGUUAGGAAAACUUCAUCAUCUGAUAGGCAAACAAUAUUUUUUUCCACGGAAAUUGUCAGCGUUGAACAGGAAUGUGAGAACGGUAAAACCUCCUUAGAUGCUGAGCAUUCGUUAUCCGAAACGUUUACCACAACUGCCUCUUCAUUCACCAUUUUAGCGUACACAUAAGCGUCCACACAAUUUAGGUGAAACUUACACGCUGUAAGCCUUUAAGUAUGCAAAUAAUGGCGCAAAUGCGACAUUCAUUAAACGCACACUCAUCCCCAUUCCUACUUAAAAUGACUAAAGUGAUUCUUGUAACGCCUUGUAACGCAUGGACAUGCUGAUUGUAACGCCUUGUAACACGUUGUAACGCUUUGUAACCUAUUUCCAUGAAAAAAUGACUGUGAAAUUUUUGGAAAUGGCUAGAGUGAUUCUUGUAACGCCUUGUAACGCAUGGACAUGCAGAUUGUAACGCCUUGUAACACGUUGUAACGCUUUGUAACCU